CUAGUUAACAUUCGGCACGGACAGAAUAAUGUAGUGAAUGAAGCAUAUUUUGUGUGUUGCUGCUGUUGCCUGAUGCUUCUUCAAUCUUCGAUAUAUUUGUGUUGCGCACAUUCCUGAAUGGACCCGAAUUUAUUUUGUUUGCUGUACAUAUGGUGUAAAUCAAGUGUUGUUCACGAAUCAUUGUUAUUUAAAAGUCGUAAAUAUUUUUAGGAUAUAGAGUGUGUGAUCAAAUCAAAUUCAGCAGAAGUAAAAAAUAAAACACACAAAAAAAUUCUCGUGGCCAAAUGAAAAUAAUAUUAAAUCAUUCUGAAGUGAAAAAUCUGUGAAUUACUAAAACGUGCCUCUCUGUGUACAAUGUAUAUGUACCAAGUGACAAAUUCCAAAUGCAAAGAAAUAAAGAAUAGUGAAAUGUGGCAGUAUCCAAAAUUGUUAUUUAUUACAACAACUAGCACCCGUAGUCAAUUAAUUUCGAUGUAAUAAAGAAAACCGACCGCCGAAACGGGGAAGUAAUUUCAUCAACUGAUGGUGGUGGUGUGAUCAAAUAAAACAGAGCCAUUUUCAAACAUUGAAUUAAAAAUGUAACAAAACAAAGUUUCAAAUUUAAAGGCCAAAAUGUGUUAUGUCGCGCGUAAACGCGAAUGUAAUUGUGGAAUUUGAUCGUUUGUGAAUUAUUUUGACGAUGAAUUGAAAAAAAAAGAUAACAACAACAACCGACGGAAUUUAAAAAAAACGCAAAAUUCAAAAUACAUAACAAUUAUUCAUGACAAGGAAUUCACAUGUAUAUAUCGACGAGAAAACCCAUCUAAAGUCUAAAUGUGUAAAAUUCAGCGGUAAACGCCUAAGUCACACAUAACAUUUUGUUUCUUUCGUGUUUUUUUUUUGAUUAAAUUUCUAAAAAAACACAAACACACACACACCGACAUCCUAAGCAGAGUGUCGUCGUCGAUAGAGAAGAGCUACCGUUUCGAAAAUGCCAUUUAUCCAGCGCAUUGUAGAACCGGUAUUCUUAUCACGGCCCACACAACAAUCAACAUCAUCGGCAGCAACGGAACAGCAACCAACAACAUCAAAUGCAUCGAAAAUAACAACAACGGUGACGUCUCCAAGAACGAAAGCGACCCACGACGAUUUUACAUCGAUUGCCAAUUGUACACUUGCCAAUGUAUUGCGACAAUUGGCAUCAGUUGUUCUGGUCGCCGAUGAAAUUCUAUGCGAUUUAGGCAACGAACUUCAUGCAAUUCGCGAACGUAGCAGUGGCAUUCAAAAGCGAAUCGUCAACGUUGAGAAAAGUUUAGAAAAUAUCGAUACAACGAUUAUAUAUAAACCGAAUAAGAAAAAUUUUAUAGACGACAAUGAUGUAUCAAUUUAUAAAACGAAACGAACAAUCAGCACGUCACUGUUCACUGCAUCAACGCGACCACAACAUAUUCAAUUGCUGUACGAAAAAGCGGCUCCGACACCAGUUUUACUUGUAUGCAACGGUGACACAGGCAGCGAAGACAACUUUUCCGUUGGUCCGCUUGUGUCGUUCGGUCAUACGAGACGACAAAUCACGAAAAAGAUUGAUGCAGAAAUUGAAACAAGAGUCCCAGCUGCGAUUGAGGAGCUGAGAAAAUGGACAUCGUCAGAGGCAAUUGGUGAAAUAACGGUUGCUCCAAACGGUUUGGUAAAAGUUGGCGCAAGUUCGUUGCACAACAAUUCAACCAUUGCAGAGGAGUCAUAUGCCAGUUUUUCAACAUCGUAUGUCGAUGGAAUCGAUGUAACAUCAACUAGCACAAACGAUAUGAUCGAUGGAAUCAAUGAUAUUGCAUUAGAUCAUAAACUUCCUUCACCCGAAGAACAAUGUAAAUUAAUUGCCGAGAGAUAUCCAGCGGAAGUUGUGCCAGUAAAUACAUCGAAUGUGCGAUUUGACCGAAUGUGCUCGAUUCGAAAGUCAUUGGGAAAUAUGCCAAUGGGAAAAAUGCGAUAUCUCGACGAAUUUCAAGCAACCCGCCGAUCGUUACGACCACGAAAACUGUCCGGCAAACGACGAAAUACAAUUGCCGGCAUCGAUGAUAAAGACAUUAAAGAAGCCUACACACAAAUGAGGCAUAGUGCUGUCGUUGGUGGUACAUCAAAUGCAGAUGAUAAAAAUAGCCAAUCGAUGCCGCGAAGUAAAUCCAAUGAUUUGCUCCGAAGUAAUGGCACAAUUGAUAGCCUACGAUCAUCGAAUCGAUUUUCAAACUUUAAAGCGUUGAAACAAUGGGGUAAACAUCGUUUAAAGCUGAUCAAUAAAAUUGAUGAAAAUGUUGAAGGUGAGAGCAAUCAAAAUGGCAAUGUCGGUCAAAUUGAUAGUCCAAAAAACACUAAAACACGACCAAAAACAAUGGCCGAAAAAAGUCUCAAACAAAAUCCAUUGUAUUCAUCGUCUGAGAAAUUGUUUACGAAUUUAAUUGAGAGUGAUAUCAAAGUUUGUGCAUCGCCAAUAAAUCCAGUCAAAUUAAGAACGUCAAUGAGCCGACGACAGCGGCGCAGCAAACAAUAUCGAUGCGAAGAGCCAAAUUCAUCGAGCGGUAAUUGGAGCGCGAGUUCGGAAUCGGGACGAACGUCGGCCAGCAGUGAAAUUGCAAUGCAUAAGAAAUCAAGUAAUUCAUGUAGUUCGUUAAAUCAACAUAAACCACCGGUCACAAAUUCGAAUGCACUAUCAAAGAGACGAAUAAAUACAUCGACUUCGAGUAGCAUCACAAGUGAUGACACUGUAACACAUGAUGUGUCCAAUGCCUAUGUUGAUUCGUUUGACGACAAUGAAAGCAUGUAUUCAUGCGAUACAGAGGGAUAUUUUACGUCAUUCCAUGUCGAUUCGGGACUAAAAACACUAAAAGAAGAAGAAACAAGUAUUGUUCCUGCACUACUGAGCACAUCGGCGCUAUUGCCAAUUGAUGGCAGUAACAUAUCAAGCAGUAUGGGUGAUAGUUUAAGUCGGACCACCAUAUCGGUCGAUAGUGAUUAUGAAUUGUUUGGCAAAGGAUCAACAUCAACGACAGCCAGUUCGGGAACGGUGUGCACAGCAUUACUCGGUUCAUUGAGCAAUAAUAGUUUAGUCGAAUUGCCUGUCGCACCCGAACGGAAAUCAUCAUUAAAUUCAAAACUUAUGAACAUUAGCAACUAUGGAAAACCAAAACUUUUAUCCAACAAAUCCAACGAAAGCAAUACAAAACGAAGCAAUGAAAAAGAGGCUACACAAUCGCGUGUUGAUAAGAGUGAAACGAAUGAUUCGUCGAGUGGUGUGGCAACCACAAUAUCCGAUCUCGAAAUAUCGGAAAAUUCAGACUUUGAAGGUGUGGAACGUGUAAAACGGAUUAAAGGCAAGACGCAAAUCAAUUCGAAUCGAAUUCCAUCGAUUUGUAUUAUAACGCCAUUGAAUAGUGACGACGAAGAUCGUGUUGCAGCCAUGGAAUCGAUGCUCUCCAGUUUGAAUAUCAAUCAAAAAGACUUGCCAUUGAGUGAAUUGGGCGAAGAACGAACUGUUGCACAAGUGCAUAGUCCCCUUGCAUCGCCGGCACCAUUGAAUGCGAUCAAUGAAGUCGGAAAAGAGAAUGUGAUUGAAAAACAGGAUGAAAUCGAUGCUGGUGAAUAUGUAACGAUUUCUGAUAUUGGAUGUCGAUCGCGUCCAACAACCUCUUAUAGAAUGAGUGAAAUGGUCAGCAACGAUCUCGAUCGAGUUUUAUCCGGCAAUUUAAGUAAUAAAAUCGAAUAUGUUUCACUGAAUGAACUGCCAUGCAAUACGAACUUCGAUGAAAAUGUACUUGCCGAUUCGAAAAAUGUACGAUUAAUCAGUGGCACCAAUGUAAAAUUGAAUGCAAAUGGCAUGUUUGUAUAUGAUUCAAAUACGUUGCGAUACACACGCAGUUUGUGCACUACAUUUAAAGGUGCUGAUGUGCCAGCACAGAGCGAUGCCGUUGCAAUAUGUGAUGCUAGCAAAAUUGUGACGUCAAAAUUACAAAACCCAGAUAUUGUGACUGAAGAUAAUAGGAUGAGCUCAGAUAGUUCGCCUCCAUUUGAGAAAAUGGCUUCAGAUUACAAUUCAGCCGAAUCAGACGAUGUUUAUGUCACACUUGCGACUGAUAAAGGUCAGUUUAACACAUCACCAAAAUCAACUGUUUCUGUAUCCGAUUCGGAACUAAGCGAUACGAGCAGAGAUGCAAAGUCAGACACAUGGCCCGUUGUCAAAGAAGACAGUCUUAAAGAGAUGAAACGUCGUUUUUCUUGGGAAAAUAUUACAAAAUCAAAAGAGUCAAAGCGAUCAAAGAAACGUCGUGGCCGUAAAUUUAUGUUGCCACUUGAUUUCAGUUCGAAAAAAACAUCGCCAAAGUCAAAGUCAACAUUUAAAACAUCAACUCCGUUGAAAAAUUCCAGUGAAAAACCAGCAUCAGCCAAAUCGAAUGUGAAUGAAAGCAGCGGUUUCGGAAACAGUACUUCAAUAUCUCAAGUAACAUUCAAUCGGCCACAAACAACGACAUGCAGUGAUCGACUUGGUGUUCCAAAAACAUCACUGAAUGACUUUAAACGGCUUCUUUUAAAUGCCACAAAUAACAAACGAAUUUCAACGAAACCGUCGGCCGUCGAACAGUUGAGAUUGAAAAAUGAAGCGUUGAAUGCAUCGCCAAUGAGAAUACUUGAUUUAAGCAGUUCACCAAAAUCGUUUACCAAUCGUCGUGUAUUCCAACAGGUGCAAGCAUCUACGUUAUCACCGUACAAAAAACCCAAUUUAAUGUCACCACGAUCACGAUGGAAGUAUAGUCAUUUCAAUAAAAGUUCGAUCGCCUCAAUUCCUGAAGUCAAUAUUGAAGACGAUGCCACAUCCAUGGAUUCGCAUCCAGACGAAAUGGAGGAAAAAGUUAACAAUACACCAAUGUAUACAACGCCAGAAAAGAAACCAAUGAUUGAGCAUGACCAAAAUGCAAACAUAUCGAAAUUAACUCCAAUCACACAAAAUGAAAAGCUAGAGCCAAUUAUUGCCAAAACAAAUUCAUCGCCCGAGACUGGGGUCAUCGAAACGAACUUUAGUGGUGUCGUUGAAACCAAUUUCUCAAUGGAAGACAAUAUGUUCCUGCAAGCUGAAGAAAAUAAUUUCAUGCGAGGAGAGAUUAGGCCGUAUAAGACGGCGUCAUUUGCAAAGAAAACGGUAUUAAAACCCAUCGCAGAAUCACCACAAACGCCGGAAAUUUUAACAACAACAGCCCCAACACUCGAAACAUCAUUUUGAUAAUGAAGUACAAAUAGAAAUUCUCUCACUAUCUCUGGUUUCACAGAAGCAUUUCUUACCCAAAUGGAAUGAUAGUAUGUUUAUUUAUCGAUAGAAACGAUGCAUUUCAUAACGCGACAUUUAAUAUGUGUGUGCAUAUACAACAAGUUUAUUAUAUAGUUCUUUUUUAUCCUAGCCAUUAAGGACCCAGUUUUCUAACUUAUUUAUUUUUAUACUUCCGGACGGAUUUUUUUUUGUAUGAAAAAUCUAGCAGCUAAUUUUGUUGGACAUUUUGGACAAACAUAACACAAAUCAUGUGUAAAUACGCGCUUUAACAUUUACUUCCGCAUUAUUCUUAUUGACACUGUGUGUCAUUUAUUAAUCUAUUUAUUUAUUCUUUUUGUUUUUUUUUUGUGCGAAAUGAGAAAUUAAAUUAAAAUUAGAAAAUCGUUAUACUUUCUUCAAUUAGUCUUCUUCCUCUGCUGUCUUCUGUUUACUUGACAUUUUUUUCACUUUGUUUUUUGAACAUUUUUGUAUUAUGUCAUGUAAGCAUAUAAAUUGUGUCUAUAAUCGGCUCUGCAUUUAUUUGAAAUUGAAAAUUGUAUUUAAAUUGAGAACGAAAUUCGUGUACAUUUUUUCGACGUUUUUUUUUGUGAAGAUAUUGUAUUUUGAUAGCAAUCGAAAGUUCAAAUACACGCAUUUUUAUGAGUCGAAAAGCAUAUUCGAUGUUAGCCACUAGUCUAGCCAGUGAAAUGUUCAAUAAACGAUAAUUCGAUAAGUUGACGAUUCGAAUUUGAAUUCUUUCCACAUUUUUUUUAGAAAAUUUAUUAUCCAAUAUUUAAUUUAAUUUAAUUUAUUCGCGAAAUAAUUUGGUUAAGUUUGAAAUCAAGUGAAUAAUAUAUUUGUAUUUUCAUACUUUUUAUACUUUAAUCGCUACAUCGUUAAGUCAAUCAGUUUGCCUUGCUUGAGUGCAUUUUAUUGCUCAUGCCCAUAAGUCAACAGAACAGAAAAAUAAAUAUUUGCUGACGCUUAAAUUCCCAUCUGCCAAUUGUAUGUGACAAACUAAGGAAUACGAAUAUAAUAAUAAAACGAAACACAUGGCCAACCACAGACAAACCAUAAGGUUCCUUUUUUUAUAAAAGAAAACACUUCACAAACAUGUAAAUCAUAUAUUUUGUCAUAAAGUUAUUCAUAAGAUUUUUUUGCUACAUUCAACAAUAAAAGGAAACCUAUUUAAUUAAAUGCAUAAAUUCAAAUGGAGUUUUUGAUUUAUG